AUGGCCGCCACUGCUGUGAAUAUGAAGCUACAUCCUCUUCACUUCCACUCCCCACGAGCCAAUCCCCACGCGCCAUCGUUCUCUCCACUUCUCACCAACACCACCACCAGCCAUGCCUUCCCUACCCUCAGUUUACAAUAUUACGGUCUCUCUCACCCAAAUCCAAAGGCGGUGGCCAGAGCCGCGCUGGAUAAGGACAGCCUCGUGCCCUCCGACGAAGCCGAAGACGGAGUCUUGCUUGGUACCAUGAAGUUGCCCGACAAUACCGACUUCCCCAGAUUCCAAAUCUUACUCUUCCAGUGGGCUAACAGUCUCUGCCAAGGAGCAAAUCUACCGCUUGAUAUGCCUUUGAAGGUAGACAAAAUAGCAGGCGGGACUAGAUUGGGAUUCAUAACAAUUGGGGAUGGGGAGACAGAGGUCAUUGGGUACAUAGAUUGCUUGGUUUUCCCACCUGAAGGUGAUGCCGGUCCGAUUUUCCGAGCAGUUAGAAACGGACGUUUGAAGGAUCGGGUGCUUCCCGGUGAACCCAGAAUCAUGAGAAAUCUUAUGCAGGCUCUCCAGAGGUCGGUUCAAAUCGCUAGAGUGUAGUACACAAGUUUGUCCAUUAUAAUCUCUGUUGUUAUAUUUACUUUCACAAUCAUAUGUAACACAUAUUUUAUUUUAACUCCGAUAAACAAAUUCAUCCUCAAAAGUUUGGUUGG